GCCAAGCGCCCCUGCCUAGCAGUGGGGGUGGGAAGAACGUGUGGGGUAUGCAGAGAAAUGGACGAGGUGGAAAAUUUAAAAGUGGCGGGAAACACCGCUUUCAAGAGAGGGAGGUUCGAAAUGGCGGCGGAUUUCUAUCUGCGGGCCAUCGAAAUCGUCGAGGAAGGCAACGAGGCAGAUCUGGCGCCGCUGCGGAGUAAUCUUUCAUUUGCGCUUUUGAAGCUGGAUCAGCCACAAGAGGCCUUGGUGGAGGCUGACAAAUGCAUCGACUUGAAGGAGAGCUGGAGCAAGGGCCAUUUCAGGAAAGCGGAGGCAUUAUUUGCCUUGAAGAAUUAUGCUGGGGCAGAGCUGUCAUACCAACGAGCACUGGAGUUGUUGAUGCAUGUGGUCACCGGAGGACAGGCUCCAAACGAUGACUUUCUACGGAAAAGGCUGAGUUUGAUUGAGGAGGCUAAAUCCGGAUUCUACUUUCGACAGCUGGUUCCUGGGAGGGACUUCGCUGUUUCGUCUUCGAGUUUCAUAGAGAAUCAGUUGGCCUUGUGGCUGAGCUGCAGCUGGGCAAUGGGGAGGGCACAGACUGUCCUGACGGCUGAAUCACGGAUUACCUGCUGGUUGGAUUUGCAAAUGGACAAUCACAUCGCUGACACCACGGCCCCCGACUUCAACCAAGGCCUGCAAGUGGUAUACAUGCUGGCCUUGGGCACGUUGGGCUACAAACCUCUGGCGCUCUCUUUGAUCUUCGUGAGCGCCCAACAAAUGCGGAACUUGGUGUAUGCUGUUGGAGAUGCAAGAACGCGCGAGUGUUUCAUCAUCGACGCGGCAUGGGAUGUCAAGGGUAUUCGGCGUUUCCUUGCAUCUGAGAACAUGAAACUGGUGGGAGCUAUUGUGACUCAUUAUCACUUCGAUCACACAGGUGGUCCACCUCCCGCUCCAUUCGAUGUGCUUGGCAUCCAUCUGCCGGGUGCGAAGGAGCUUGCAAUGCAAGAUGAAAUUCCUAUUUAUGUCAACAAACAUGAUGCAGAGAUUCUGGUCACAAAGAACAAGGUUCCUGCAACCUCAAUCAUUGAGUUAGAGGACAACUCUGAGCUGUAUGUUGGUGAAAUAAAGCUGAAAUUCCUGCAUACGCCUGGCCACACUCCGGGGAGUCAAUGCAUUUUAUUGGAAAACAUUCCUGGCUGCCUAAACGACAAGAUUCUGAUUACAGGCGACACUCUCUUCAAGGGCACGUGUGGGCGCCUUGAUCUGCCGGACUGCGAUGUGAAGGCUAUGUACAAUAGCUUGCAAAAGGUUCUUGCUAAAAUGGGUGAUGAUGUAAGGGUUUUCCCAGGGCACGACUAUGGUGGUGCACGCACAACGAUCGCUUGUGAGCGGCAGCGGGGUUAUUUGAAAACCUUGUCGGAGGAUGAAUGGAUGCAUAUGCACUGUCCGCCUGAGAAAAGAGCAGCCUGACUGACUUGCUCUCGCUCUCGCUCUUGCUCUCGCUGUCAGAUACACAAAAAACGUGCUCUACCAUUUUAAGACU